AUGGGCAUAUCUUGCGAGAUACAUCUAUUUAAACCCGUAAAUGGGGUUUAUUAUUCAGGCCAAAAUGUAUCAGGAGUCAUAAAAUAUUCUGUUGACGAACCUAUGACAGUUGAUAAGAUCGUAACAUCCCUGAAAGGUAUUGGUUACAUAGCUAUAACAGCCGAUCACGGAUCUACUUGGGAAAGAACGUACAAAACUACGACAUCGUACAUUGAUGUAGACACUGUUAUUAUUGGUGAAAAAAAACAGAUUUCAGUUGGUUCUUAUGAAAUUAAAUUCAGAUAUACUUUACCUGGAAACAUACCUUCGACAAUGAAAGCGCGCAAAGCAUUUAAAUUCAAAAGUUAUAAAGUCAAAUGCUUCAUUAAAUAUUAUAUUCGCAUUAAAUUUGAGAGGCCCGGUGUUUUCGCUUUCAACAAACAUUUUAGAAAAGAAGUUGAUGUCCUUUCUAAAACAGUUCCAACUUUACCGAGAGAACCAGCAGUUUAUACAGAAAACAAGAAGUUGUUGCGUUUGUUUACCAAACAAGACAGCAUAAUUACCAUCAACGCAACUAUUCUCAAUUCCGUAAUACCGAUGGAGGGCAAAAUCGAACUGAGAUAUGAAGUACAGAAUAAUAGUCACGUUGUAAUUAAAACCACUACAACCCAAUUGGUACAAGGAUACCUAUUUAAGUCAAAAGGUCAUCGCAAAGUGAUAUAUGGAGAAGCUGUGCCAGAUACUGAGGCUCAAACUCUGCCCAUUAAUUGUCAAGAGACUCAAAAUAGGACCAUAAGUAUUGAUGUACCUAGUGGUUUGUAUAAUGUAGAAAAUACCAUGAUAGUUGCUAGAUUUUAUCGAGUAAGGAUAACAGCUCAGUUACCCAUACCAUAUAAGAAUGUAAUUCUUGAUGUUCCUGUGCAGAUUGGAAUCUUUGAAGAAAAUUUAAAUGUAAAUAGGACUGAAGUGACAAAUGAAGAUAUAAAUAGUGAUAACCUACCUCCGUCGUAUUGGGAAGUUAUGGGUGAAGCGAAUGAAGAAUAUGGCGUUGACAGUGAUGAUGAAACUGACACAACAAAACUGUUUAAGAGAAGACCACAUUCUGACGAAGAGAGUGCUGUAUCAUAA